AUGAUGUCCACUUCACCUCAAUCGCAGCCCCAGCAACGGACUGCCAAAAUCACCACAGCACCGGUCGGGGAACCAAUAACGGAAGAGCAGUUGAAGAAGAAGGAUAACAUAACUCCAGAUGAUGUUCUGAGGCUGCGACAGAUUACAGAAGGUAUGGUUCUUGGCUUUUUGGUAUUUUUUUUAUUUGACGUUGAAGGUGUAGGUUAAAAAAUUGUUUAAAUGAGGUAAAGCUAAUGAAAUUAGGUUUGCUGGGCUUAGGUUUAAAUUUAGUAUGCUUAGGCUAAAGUCAAAGUAGGCUGACGUUUAGUAGUCACAUGGCCCUUUGUUAUUAUUGUUCAGAAAAUGAAGAUUACAUUUUUCAGGGUUCCUCUGUCGUUCAGAAGACAACGUGUACGAUAUAGAAUUCACGAAAUUCAAGAUUCGUGACAUUGACACAGACACGAUAUUGUUUGAAGUGAAUAAACCCACAGCCGAAGAGUUAAACAACAUUGAACAAGAAGAAGAGGAAGAAGAAACGACGGAUGAGAAAGCCACAGAUGAGGAAACAACGGAUGAGGAACCACCAUUCUCACCGCGAUUCAUCCGAUAUUACUUUAAGUCAUCGUUUUUACAACUCAAAAACGUGGGCGCGACAAUGGAGUUUAUUGUGGGCGACAAACCGGUCCAUAAGUUUCGUAUGAUCGAACGACAUUAUUUCAAGGAAAAACUGCUCAAAUCGUUCGAUUUCGAAUUUGGAUUUUGUAUUCCGCAUUCGAAGAACACUUGCGAACAUAUUUAUCACAUACCACAGUUGGGCGAUGACAUGAGUAAGUUCAAAUUAAAAAAAAUUUUUUUUUGGAUAAUUUAAUGAAAAAAUUGCGAAAUUUGCAAGCGAAAAGAUUUUUAAGCUUUUAAAAUUUAAAAGGUUACAUUGUAUAUGAUCAAAUGUGCAUGAGCACGCUUUGUCAUACAAAAUGCCACUUCUUACCAGUAAAAUUUUUAAAAUUCAAAAAUUUCUAGUGAAACAAAUGAUCGACAAUCCGUUCGAAACUCGAUCGGACAGUUUCUACUUUGUGGAUGAUCAUUUAAUCAUGCACAACAAGGCAGCGUACGCAUAUGAUGCUAAUGUAGUGUAA